AUGGCACACAACGUUGAUACCAGUUCUCUGGCGUGGGAUACGAUGUCGGCAACCGCCUGCAAAUUCCCAGUACUUUUGAGUGAUGGUGAAAUAUUCUCUGGGCCCGAACUGGGAGAAGUAUCCAUUACACUGCCCACUUGUGAGGCAACUCAAGAGUUCUGUGCAAACGAAGAUGUACCCCUCCAUGCCAUAUUUCAGGCAGUCUGGGCUGUGGCCUUGAAAACCUUCACAGGGAAUAGGAACGUUUGUGCAGCAUCAAUAUCUGGAACUGGCAUUGGCGUAUUUUCACUAGCCAUAGGUGAAAAUAUAUCAGUUAUUGAUUUGCUCAUGUCUGUACAAAGGGAAACAAGGGAUAUUGUUCUUAGAAAUGAAAGUCCUAUCCUUACCGGACUACCGUGCAACUCUGCUGUUUAUAUGUCUGAGGGGAAGAAGAACAUACAAUGGAAACAGGAGUUCAACGUCUGGCUCCACGUAGAGAAUAGGGGGCGCUUUUUAGGAGCUUCACUGUUUUAUAGAACUGAAAAAUUGGCCCCAGGAUAUGCGGAAAUAGUGGCUGCUACAGUCAGUCAAAUUUUGGGGGAAAUGCUUGCCAACCCUUCUCGGAAAAUAUCUCAAGUUGGCCUGGUUCAUCCUCGGGUAUUCGAUCAGCUACGGGCAUGGAGUAGCAGUCCUCCAGCAUCAGUAGAUAGAUGCGUGGGCACGAUGUUUGAGGACGCCGCCUCUAAGCAUCCGCUAAAUCUAGCUGUGCAAACUUCAGAACGUAGCAUCAGCUACCAGGAACUGGAUGCUUUGAGCGGGGAAUUAGCUCUACAUCUGCAGAGUUUGGGGGUGGUAUCGGAGUCAAUCGUAGUGCUUUGCUUUCCCAAGUCCGUAUAUGCUGUUAUAGCGAUGCUGGCUGUUGUCCGAGCUGGAGGCGCCAUACUGUUUCUUGACCCUUCGCAUCCAGAAAAAAGGCACCAAGAAAUUGCCGAGCAGGUUAACUCGCGAUUGAUCCUCACUGCACCGCAAUAUUCUCAAAGAUGGGGAUGGUUUGACGGAAUUAUACUGCCAGUUGAUUCUGUACUUGUGGAUUCUCUCCAGCUGGGCCCGGAAUCUUUUGCCCAGCAGGCCAUUUCGACGGCUACCUCUUCGAGUGCACUAUACAUUAUCUUUACGUCAGGAAGUACUGGAAAACCUAAAGGCUGCGUGGUGGAGCAUCGUCAGUUCCUCACUGGUUCUAUAGCACAACAGAGGGCGUCAAGAAUGAGCCAUAGCGACAGGGUACUUCAACUUGCUUCGUUUACUUUUGAUGUAAGCAUCUUGGAGAUCUUUACUUCGCUCAUCACGGGUGCCUGUGUAUGUAUCCCCAAUGACCAAGAGCGGUCUAAGGGCCCGGAAGCAUGUAUACAGCAGUUCGGCAUUACCUGGGCAUUCUUAACCCCCUCGCUCGUGAAACUCGUGAGUCCAAAGAAGGUUCCAACCCUCAAGUUUCUCGUACUUGGCGGUGAGGCUUGUCAGCAGAGAUUAUCCAGACUUGGGCACGCAUGUUCCGCUUGCGAUGGGUUAUGGGCUACAGAGUGCUCGAUUGCUGCCACUGCCAAUCCCAAAAUAUAUCUGCGACAACGAGCCACACUAAUAUUGGUUACCCCGCUGGGUGGGUGCUGCUGGAUUGUUGAUAGAGAUGAUCAUGAUAAACUUCUUCCAAUUGGUUCACCUGGUGAGCUUCUAAUUCAGGGCCCAAUCGUCGCACGUGGAUACUUGAACGAGCCGGAAAAGACCGAGGCAGCCUUUCUAAAUUCAACAAAAUGGAUGGCAAUCAAACCCACGGGCUCCUCUCGGAUCUACAAAACCGGUGAUCUAGCCCGGUUUAAUUUCGAUGGUAGCAUUUCUUUCAUUGGGCGCAAAGAUAGUCAGGUGAAAUUGCGGGGAUUGAGGAUUGAACUGGGUGAGAUUGAACACCAUCUGGUGGCCCACGAGUUGGUCGAACAGGCAGCUGUAGUGCUUGUAAACGAAGGCCCAUGCCAAGGGACGUUAACAGCCAUGAUAUCGUUGAAACACUUCAGGCAGCCGUCUAUAGGGAUCGAAUUAGUAGACGAGCACAAAUUCCCAAUGGCGAAAUCAGAACUGGAAAGAAUCGCAAAUCAUCUAUCACAGCAACUCCCAAACUACAUGCACCCAACGGUCUGGAUUCCUGUAAGAUCUAUCCCAUUGACGAUUUCUAGCAAGCAGAAUGGAGUUGCGGUCCGCCAGUGGGUGGCAGCUAUGUCAUUAGACAUAUUCAAUCUUGCGAUUGGUAGAAACGAAAGGACGGAAACUCAGAGGAUUCAUCCAUCAAACAGCCGAGAAAAAGAGUUACAAGAAAUGUGCAGAGUAGCCGUCGGUUUAGAACGGUCAGAGGAUGUCUGGCUGGAUAAAUCCUUUAUCCAAAACGGAGGUGACUCUAUCAAGGCUAUGCAGUUGCUGGGUACAUUGCGUGAUAAAGGUCUAGUCGUAAAGCUCGAAGAUAUCAUGCAAUGCCCAAACUUAUUAGAGCUUGCAAACAAGAUUGAAGAUCGAGAUACCAUCCACGACAACGAGGCCCAAGUCCUCCAUGAAUGGUCACCAUUCGUAGUUGACAAGGAAAGAGUGUUGCAACAGGGGCUCCAGGUGGAUCAGGUGGAAGAUAUUUAUCCGCUGUCGGCAGUUCAGCGUGGGAUCCUUCUGGCCCAGCAACAAGACCCCGACAGAUAUCAGCUCCGUAUCACUUGUGAGGCCGUGUCAUCGCGAGGAGCGGAAGAUGCUCACCCUGAGGUUGAUGAAGACGGAGGCCAGGAAGAAAGACGGGGCUUACUAAUAAAGGCUUGGCGGCAGGUCGUUCAACGACAUCCCGUUCUGCGCACCAUCUUCAUCGACACAGCAGCCGAAGACGGCCUUUUCGAUCAGCUAGUUCUCAAGACAGAUGAUAGAUCGGCCGUUUUAUGGCAAUGCGAUGAUGAAGAUGACUUUUGGCAAAGCCUGGAGAGCUACAAACGAACUGACGGGCCCCACGAGCCGCCAGUCGCUUUCAUCGUUGCGUCCAUCAAAGCGGAAAGAAAGCUCUUCUGCACGAUUGAUAUUAGUCAUGCCCUGAUUGAUGGUGUCUCCGUUCUAGUGCUGUUAAGAGACAUAUGUCAGGCAUAUGGAGGCCUGCUAGACAUCAGCCAGACUGUGGAUUACUCACCAUUCAUCCGGUACCUCCAGCAGCACCCAUCCGGCUCCUCCAUCUCGUACUGGACCCGGUGUUUGUUAGGCGUGACCCCAUGCUACUUUCCAGCUCUUAACGACGAUUUUUCUGUUAAGGAGAAUCGGCCGCGCGAGCUACUGGUUGAAAUCGAGAAUGCAGACGCAAUCCACGCGUUUUGUGCACUGCAUAAUUUUACGCCAGCUACUGUUUUUCAAGCAGCGUGGGCAAUUACCCUAAAGGCUUAUACCGGACGCGAUGAUGUAUGCUUUGGUUAUCUGACAUCUGGUCGCGACCUUCCAGUACCGAAUAUCCAUAACGCAGUAGGCGUGUUUGUGAAUAUGAUGAUUUAUAGAGCGUCGCUCUUAGCAGACAAGGCAGUUUCCGUGGUCCUAAAGGAGGCCCAAGAUAGCUUCCUUAGCGGUCUACCACACCAACAUUGUUCGGUUGCUGAGAUACAGCACGCACUUUGUGUUUCCCAGCCAUUGUUUAAUACUAUUUUGUCGCUGCAGAGUGCUGAAAGCGAGGUGAUAGCUACUGUUGGCUCUGGCAACGGUGUCAUUUUCAGAGUAAUAGCUGAAAGGGAUCCUACAGAGUAUAACAUAUCUCUCAAUGUCUUUGUAUCUAAGAAAAGGGUGUCCCUGACUUUACGUCAUUUUGAUUCUACUCUGAGCAGUGUGAUGGCUGGAAACGUCCUUGGAACACUCCGACAUGUCAUUGAUUUGCUUAUCAACAACUAUUAUCGGUUACUAGGAGAAUUAAAGGUAAUGAGCACUCGUGACCAUGCUCAAAUCGGGCACUGGAAUCGUGAUCAGUGGCCGGCGGUGAAUGAUUGUGUUCACGAACUUAUCCACACGCAAGCGGAAAUACGGCCACAUGCCAAUGCGGUGGAAGCUUGGGAUGGACACUUCACCUACAAGGAACUUGAUGAUAUUUCAACAACACUGGCUGUGCACCUUGCAGACCACGCUGUGGGGCCCAACAUCCUCGUACCCAUAUGCUUCCCUAAAUCAUGCUGGACAGUUGUAUCACAGCUGGCCGUCCUUAAGGCUGGAGGAGCGUGCGUUGCAUUUGAUCCUGAGCACCCCCAAAGUCGUAGAGUGGAAAUGCUCAGACAAUGCAAGGCAAUUGUUGCCCUCGUUUCCGAAGCGAAUAAGCCGCUGUUUGAUGAACUUGUGUCUACUGUACUCAUCAUUGAUUCACCAUACAUGGAAACCUUGCAGCGUGGUCCGCCUGGCAUACUGAGCCCAGUAGCUUCCUCGCCUGAUAAUCCCGCUUUCGUUGUUUUUACUUCUGGGAGUACUGGUAAACCCAAAGGUAUUGUCGUCGAACACCGUGCACUCUGUAGUAGCAUUCAAGCCUAUGGGCCAGCUUUGAAAUAUGAACCUAACGCGCGUGUUUUACAAUUCGCCGCCUACACAUUUGACGUUAGCAUAGGCGAAACUUUUGGCUGUCUAGCACGGGGCGGAAUUUUGUGUAUCCCAAACGAUGAAGAGAGGCUGAACGAUCUUGCCGGGGUGAUCAAUCGCCUUAACACAAAUGUAUUAUAUCUCACCCCGUCCGUGAUCAGCCUCCUGCAACCCUCCGAAGUUCCUGGAAUUCAUACCCUAGCCUUGGGCGGUGAGGCCAUCCGAAGGGAGAAUAUCGAGCUAUGGGCAGAACAUAUCAAUCUAGUGAAUAUAUAUGGCCCUGCAGAAUGCUCGGUUUGGUCAACGGCUCUACUAUUUGUACCGCGCUCUGCAUCUCCACAGAAUAUUGGAUAUGGUUUAGGUGCUCGAAUGUGGAUUGCAGAAGCAGAUGAUCCUUCCAAGCUUUGCGUCGUCGGCGCUGUGGGUGAGCUACUUAUUGAAGGGCCGAUUGUCGCUCGAGGCUACCUUAAUGAUGAGAUUAGAAGCAACGCAGUAUUUAUACCACCCCCUACUUGGUUAACGGAGUAUGAUCCCCGCGUGGUCGAGUUUCCAACCAAAGUAUAUCGUACGGGUGACUUAGCUCGAUAUAACUCGGAUGGUUCCCUUCAUUUUAUGGGGCGCCGCGACCACCAGGUAAAACUACAUGGCCAGCGUGUUGAAUUGGGGGAGAUUGACCACACUUUGCUAUUAUACGAGGGUGUCCAAAAUGCUGUGGCACUAGUGCCGAAGGCAGGGCCUUUGAAAGGGAAACUGGUAGCUGUUCUCUCACUAAAAAGCCGGCAUCGUUGUUCUUCAACUAAAGGAGUGGCUAAUCUUGAAUUCAUUCACGAUGAAAACGGAAUGAACUUUCAAAAUGAAAUAUCGCAUAUCCGGCUUUUUAUAUCCUCCAUUUUGCCGUCUUAUAUGGUUCCAUCGACUUGGCUUAUGGUCGAAUCUCUCCCUCUGUCGAGAAAUGGUAAAUUGGACCGUACUUCCGUCAUAUUGCAAGUCGACGGUCUAUCCGGUAACUAUCUAGGCGAGGAAAUGAGUCCUAGUGUCCAUGAUACCAGCCUUCCAAAAAGCAAGGCCGAGGAUACCAUAAGAAACAUCAUUGGCGCAGUGCUCAAUGUCCCAGCAAGCCAAGUGUCAAUGGACCAGAGCUUUUUGGCCAUUGGUGGAGAUUCCAUUACAGCUAUGCAACUCGCCUCUCGGUGCCGAUCGCAAGGUAUUCCAGUGUCAGUUAAGAGUGUGCUAAAAAGCAGAACAAUACGCCAGAUUAUUGCAGAAGUGACCAUCGGUCGAGAUACACCAUGCCUUACCAAGUGCGACGAUUUAGCAUUGUUAUCGCCAUUCUCACUAUUAUUGGGCGUGAGUCCAUCGGCUCUUGACGAGUUCACUAAAAAUGCUGGAUACGAAGGAGUGGUAGAUAUAGAGGAUGCUUACCCUUGUUCUCCAAUGCAAGAAGGCAUUCUGAUCAGCCAAGCUCAAGCACCAGAAACUUACAAAUUUCAUAUUAUUUGUGAAGUCCGUUGCAAUUCAUCUACAGACCCUAUUAAUGUCAGCCGCCUACGGCUAGCAUGGGCACGCCUUGUCGCAAGGCAUCAGUCCCUGCGAACUUUCUUCGUGGAGGGCCUCUCUCAAGAAAAUCUGUACACCCAAGUAGUUCUCAAGAAAUAUACCCCACGAGUAGAGUCCGUAGAGGAUCUUGACAGCCUGUUUCGGUACCCUAACGAUAAUCCUUUGGACUACAGCGAGUUAAUUCCCCCUCACCGUCUGACCAUCCUUGAAGAUAGGGGUAGGUUAUAUUUCAACCUGGAAAUUAACCAUACUCUUAUCGAUGGUGCGUCAAUGGCAAUAAUAUUACGUGACCUGGGGACCGCUUUUGACCACGAACUGCAGCCGGGCCCACUAUACAGAGACUAUAUUGCGCUUUCCCAGAAUCAGCCAAAGGAGGCAACGCUGGAUUUCUGGUUGAAGUAUCUUGAAGGCAUCAAACCUGUCUUCUUUCCACUGUUGCAUGACGAUCACCUCGGAACGAAGGAAUUGCGGACAGUGAAUAUUCCAAUCUCAGGAUUUAUCAUGACUAGCCUCCAAGCAUUUACUCGGGGAAAUGACAUAACGAUGGCAAAUAUUUUCCAGACGGUUUGGGCUGUUGUCCUUCGUGCAUAUACUGGAGAAUCUGAUGUUGUUUUCGGGUAUUUGUCUUCGGGGCGUGAAAUUGAUGGUCUGGACAUGGAAAAUGCUGUAGGCGCAUUCAUCACAAUGCUAGCUUGCCGUGUCCGUGUAGAUGAUUCUUCUACUCCUCUUGCCAUAGCGCGGAGUAUCAACGAAGACUUCAUUAGUUCCCUACCGCAUCAGCAUACGUCCCUUGCCGAAGUGCAACAUGCUCUCGGGUUAUCGGGUGAACGCCUAUUUAACACUAUCCUCUCUUUACAACGGCCCAUGGUACUGUCGUCCUCUAAUAAACACAUUGAAAUUGAGCCUCUCGGUGGAAGUGACCCGACUGAGUACGACCUGGGGGUUAGCAUCACGGUACAAGACGCAGCAAUUGACAUUGACAUCAGCUACUGGAGCACAAUUAUGUCGAAAAACCAAGCAGCUUUGUUAGCUUCAACAUUUACCACAGUUCUUUCUACUCUUCUAAUAAAACCAACAACAGAACUUCAUGAGGUGGACUUCUUGGGUGACCAGCAAACGGAAUACUUGAUUUCCCUCAAUAAUAGCCUUACUCCACCAGAUACCAUUUACGACUGUAUUCAUAGCCGUGUAAGCAGGCAGGCAUUUUUAUGCCCUGAGUCUCCUGCUGUUCGCUCUCUGGAUGUUUCUCUGUCAUAUUUCAGACUUGAAGAAUUAUCUUCAAAGCUUGCCGCGCAUCUAGCUACCUUUGGUGUCUGCCCUGAACAAGCAGUGCCUCUUUGCUUUGAUAAAUCUGCCUGGGCGAUAGUGUCGAUGUUGGCAGUUCUUAAAGCUGGCGGCGCAUAUGUAUCCAUGAGUCCAUCCCACCCGGCGCAGCAUCUAGCUAAUAUUAUCAGUCAGACUCAUGCCCGUAUCGUUCUCGUGGGGUCACAAAGCCACGCCGAUAAGGUACAAGAUUUAGUGAACCAUGUUAUUGUGGUAGAUCCCGCGCUCCUCCUCAAAUUACCGGAGCACGAACAGGGCGUUAUAACAUCUGCAUCUCCUGAUAAUGCAGCUAUGAUUAAUUUCACUUCUGGAAGUACUGGCAGACCGAAGGGUAUUGUGGUUCUGCAUAAGGGCCUAUGUUCUUUGGUAGAUCACAAUACCGAUAUGGGCCUUGAUAACAAAUCCCAAGUCCUACAAUUCUCUGCAUUUACAUUCGACACCAGCAAUGCCGAAAUUUUUCUCACACUUUGUAAUGGGGGUUGCGUUUGCAUACCUUCCGACUUCGAUCGGCUCAAUGAUGUUACUGGUUCCAUUAAUCGCCUCGGGGUAACUCAUGCUUUCCUUACUCCCUCUGUGGCCGGUUUUCUAUCACCUGAAGCGAUGCCGUCUCUUAAAAUGCUGGCGCUAGUGGGAGAAACCGUUACAGCCGACCUUGCUCAGAGAUGGCAAGAGAAAGUACGAUUGAUCAAUAGCUACGGGCCCGCAGAAUGUACUAUCAUGUCAUCCUUUGCUGUCUUAUGUGAGGGACUCCAAUCCACAAAUAUUGGAAAAGCCCAUGGAUGCAUAUUCUGGAUUACCGAGCCGGGGAAUAGCGAGCGCCUUGUCCCUGCAGGUUGCGUUGGCGAAUUGGUCGUGGAAGGACCUAUUGUCGCCAGGGGUUAUGUUAAUCAUGAGUUGACUCUCAAGGCGUUCAUUACGCCUCCUAGAUGGCGAAGAGACGGUGUGAAUGGAGCACGGCUCUACAAGACUGGAGAUCUGGUCAGGCAAAUGUCUGAUGGUAGUCUGAUCUAUAUAGGGCGGAAGGAUUCUCAGGUUAAGCUCAAUGGGCAGCGAGUGGAGAUGGGAGAGGUUGAGAAGGAGAUUAUCAACGAUCCUUCAGUCCAGCAGUCAGUGGUUUUGUUGCCAAAUAUAGGGCCAUACGCGAAGAAACUUGUCGCUGUUGUGGCCCUCAAGAACCAGUUGCCUACCCAGCCUCAUGUAUCAGAUAUGAUAUUGUUGUAUGACGACAAGUCGAUACGACAAACCACUACCAUUCAAAAUCGCCUGGCUGCUCUGCUACCCAGCUAUAUGAUACCAUCCGUUUGGCUAGUGUGUUCGAACUUCCCUUUGACAACUUCGCAGAAAGUUAAUCGCCCUAAGAUAUUACAGUGCGUGGAAAGCCUUGACGAAACCUAUGCUAAAGAAGAGAUCGAAGAGGUAGAUGAUACAGAGGUGGAUAAUUCCUCCUCCAGCCUAGCGGUUUUAAAACGCCUACAGGAGGUUAUUUCUCGGGUUCUAAACGUACCUAUCAGCCGUGUGUCCACCAAACGAUCGUUCUUGAACCUUGGUGGUGACUCCAUUACUGCAAUGCAAUUAGUUGUUAUGUGCCGCAACGAAGGCCUCAAAAUUUCGUUCAAAGAUGUUAUGAGUAGUUCAACAGUGGCCACAAUGGUGCACUAUAUGGAGGCUAUCAGCAAUUCUGCAUUACACCAAGAAGAGUUACUGGACACGCCUUUUGGUUUGACUCCUAUUCAACAACUAUAUUUCCAGGAAAUCUCCCAAGGCCAAACGGAUCCAUCGGCAAAUCAAUUCAACCAAAGCUUCCUUCUACGCCUUAUCCCCCGACUUCCUAUAGAGAAACUACGAGCAGGGGUUGACAUGAUUGUAGAGCAUCAUUCGAUGCUGCGCGCGCGAUUCCGGAAAUCACAUAAUGGCCAAUGGACGCAGAUUAUUACAAGGCCAGGGGACGCAGCUUACAGGUUCCGUGAGCGCUCAGUUUCAACAAAAGAAGAAGCACUUAGCCUUGCAGCCGGGGCUCAAACGCAGCUAGACAUACAAUCGGGCCCAGUGUUUGCCGUCGAACUUUUUAAUAUUUCCGGCAAUGACUCUCUGCUAUUUCUUGUUGCUCACCAUCUCGUUAUUGACCUGGUAUCAUGGCGCAUUAUUUUCCAAGAAUUAGAGGACCAUCUGGUCGGAAAUACGGCCGUGUCAAAUACUGUGCCAUUUCCAUUCCAAAGAUGGCAAAAGCUACAGGCAGACUAUGCCUCCAGACAUCUUACGGCGAGGUCUUCGAUCCCAUACUCUGUUCCAAAGGCGAACUAUGAAUACUGGGGAAUGAGGAAUAUAAAAAACAUUCAUGGCGAUUCAAUUCAGCUAGCAGCAUCAUUGUCCCCCGAAGAAACCCAGCUCUUACUGACUAACUGCCAUCAGGCUAUGAGAACCGAGCCCUUAGAUAUCUUUAUCACUGCUCUUUUACUCUCUUUUACUCAAACCUUUAAUCGCGAACCGCCCGCGAUAUUCAACGAAGGCCAUGGCCGCCAACCAUGGACUCCAAGCAUUGACCUCUCAGACUCUGUGGGUUGGUUUACGACCAUCUUUCCGUUCAAUUUGUUGGUAGAGCCGAAUGAUACCCCAGUGAACAUUGUGAGGCGCAUAAAAGACCAAAGGAAAGAAUUGCCAGCUAAUGGAUGGUCUUAUUUUACGUCAAAAUACCUCAACGAUGAUGGUGCGGAGAAUUUCAGGGAUCAUAUGCCGGUGGAAAUACUAUUCAAUUAUCUCGGGUUAUACCAAGGACUUGAGCGAGCGGAUAGAAUUUUUGAACUCCUCCCCUUUAAUAAAGGCGAUGUGGGGCCGGCUGUUAGGCGGUAUUCGCUCUUUGAUAUCAAUGCAUAUAUUGUUAACGGACGCGCAAAUUUUACUUUCUCGUUCAACAAAAAGAUGAAGCAUAUAGAGCUAGUUGGGGAUUGGCUCCACAACUUCACACAAUGCCUUAGGACUUUACCGCAAAAGUUGAUGGCCACAGAUUUUACCCUUACACGAAGUGAUUAUCCUCUGCUUCCAGUAUCCUAUGUUGCAUUAGAUGCACUCCAGGCGCACAAAAUACCUCAACUAGGACUAUCUCUAGCUGAUAUCGAAGAUAUAUAUGCUUGCUCUCCGUUGCAAGAAGGUAUGCUUUUGAGCCAAGCACGCACCGAAGGGACCUAUCUUUAUUAUGCGAUUAUGCAGGUUAAACUAGCGAGUGAAAAACCAAUUGACGCCCGACGACUUGCUUCAGCGUGGCAGCAAGUAGUUAAUCGCCACACCAUCCUCCGUACAAUUUUUUUAGCAGGUAUAUCCUGCCGGCCAUUUGACCAAGCUGUGCUAUGGAAGCACGAUAUGCAACCAUUGAUCCUAGUCUGCGACUCUUCUGAGCAGGCCGUUGCUACCCUAGAUGAUUUUGAGGCACUUACUGUCUCAGAAACCGCUCCUCCUCAUCGUAUGGCAAUCGCUACAUCCCGAGAUGGUGUCGCUUACUUUAAGCUUGAGAUUAGCCACGCAUUAAUGGACGGAACAUCAAUGGCGGUGCUUGUUAACGAGAUUGCUCAUGCAUAUACUGAUGGACUCCCUUCCGUCCCAGCUAUGCCCUACAGCGAUUAUAUAGCGCAUAUCCAAUCACAGCCCACCGAAGAAGCAUUAUCGUUUUGGGUAGCUUAUCUAGCUGAAGCCACCCCAUGCCAUUUCCCUCUCUUAUUGGAUUUCGUAGAAAGCCUGCCGAGCAUACACAAAAUAGAUGUUAUAGCCCCUGAAGCCUCGCAAAUGCGCCAGUUCUGCCAAGAAAACGAUAUAACUCUCGCAAAUGUGGUGCGUUUGGCAUGGGCGCUAGUUUUGUCUGCAUAUACAGGAGAGGAGCGGGUUUGCUUUGGAUACCUUACUGCUGGUAGAGAGCUCCCUCUUCCUGGAAUUGAAAAUUCGGUCGGGCCAUUCGUCAAUAUGCUCGUAUGUGCAGUUAAUUUUGCGGAAAUAGGCAACACAACGGUACUGUAUGAGCUCCGAGGCCUCCAAGAAGAGUACAUCAAGGCCUUGCCGUAUCAACAUGCAAGCCUAGCUGAGAUACAACAUCGUCUAGGGCUUGCAGGGCAAUCAUUAUUCAAUUCGGUUGUUAGUGUCCAGCGCCGUGAUGUCAACAAUGUUGUUCUAGGCGAUCUGCAAAUUAACUAUAUAUCUGGACUUGACCCCACUGAAUACGAUUUAACCAUCAAUGUCACAGAUACCAACCAUGGGUUCCAGAUAGACAUGGGUUAUCUGACUUCAAGGCUAUCUCCUGGACAUGCCAUGAAUGUAUCCGCAGCGCUGUCUGCAGCACUGUUCUACAUAAUGUCUAACCCGCUAGCCCCUGUGGCUUCAGUCAAUCUCUUUGAUGAUCAUCACAAUAAGCAAAUCCAAAGAUGGAAUGCCACUGCUCCUCCGUCUAUCUAUGAAUGCAUUCAUUCACUCUUCGAACGCAGUGCAAAAGUCUACCCUGAUGCGAUAGCUAUUGAUUCUUGGGAUGGAACUUUUACUUAUGCCAAUCUAGACAAAAAGGGGACCCAACUCUCCAAUAUACUAAUUGCCAUGGGUGUUGGCCCUGCAGACAUGAUUCCAAUAUGUUUUACCAAAUGUGCAUGGGCCAUCGUUGCGAUGCUCGGCAUUCUUAAGGCCGGUGCAGCUUUUAUCCCCAUAGACCCGGAUCACCCAGAGGCCCGUUUAGCAACUAUCAUUACCCAGGCUGCGUCAUCUCUAGUUCUUGUUUGCCCAGAAACCUCAAAGCUAAUUGUAGGCCUAACAAAAAAUGUUCUGGUGGUCUCCGCCUCUUCUACAUGGUGGAGGGAAGAGACAGAUAUUGCUUCUACCGGUUUGUUAGCAAGCCCUACGGACGUUGCAUAUGUUCUUUUCACUUCUGGCAGUACCGGAACACCUAAGGGUGUCGUUAUCGAUCAUUCUGCUGUUAGUACCAGCUGCAUACACCAUGGUCAAGAAAUUGGCUGCAGCUCCGAAACCCGAAUGUUUCAAUUUGCAGCAUACACCUUCGAUGCGUGUAUAUUGGAGAUUUUCACAACACUCAUCUACGGUGGAUGCAUCUGUGUUCCAUCGGAAGCCGAGCGCAUGAAUAAUAUUUCAGAUGCUAUCAAUCGACUGGGGUGUAACACAGCCUUUCUUACCCCAUCGCUUAUACGCAUUAUCCGCCCAGAUCAAGUACCCGGCCUAAAAACCGUGAUAUUGGGUGGCGAGCCCCUGGAUAAGGACAACAUUGAAAUUUGGGCAACGAACCUGCGUCUCAUGAAUGGCUAUGGACCAACCGAGACAUGUGUCUUCUGUAUCAUGAAAACAUUUACUGGGAGAAAGGACCGCCAUGAUGUGUUAGGUCGUUCGGUCGGUUCCGUUUCGUGGCUUGUUCGACCUGAUAACCACGAGCAGUUGGCUCCAGUUGGGUCAGUUAGCGAGCUUCUAGUUCAAGGUGGAACACUUGCUCGCUGCUACCUACUUGAUGAAACAAAGACUGCCGACGCGUUUAUUAAAAACCUCAGUUUUCACCCUACGCCAGAUGACCGAGAACAUAGCCGUUUCUACAAGACUGGCGAUCUGGUGCGCUACAAUAUUGACGGCAGUAUUACUUAUUUAGGACGGAAAGACACUCAAGUAAAAUUACGAGGACAGCGUAUUGAGCUUUCCGAGAUUGAGUAUCAAGUCAAGAGGAUUCUGCCUUCCAGCUUUCAAGCGGCUGUCGAGGUAGUCAUGCUCCGUGGCGAGAAAGAGAAAACACUUCUGGCUGCAUUCAUCUGUAACUCUGCUGCUACCGUAGUAGAACCCUUGUUUGCUGAUAUGACACCAGAUUCCAGGAAGCAAGUGGAAAGGCUCCGAACGUUAUUGUCUAACAUUCUGCCACAAUAUAUGCAACCAUCUUUCUACAUCCCCAUCAACCGGAUGCCAACCACUUCAGCCAAGAAGCUUGAUCGGAAACUUCUUCGUGACUCUAUGGCGGUAUUGUCGGAUGCUGAAUUGCAGAGAUAUUCUCUCGAUGACAAUCGCAGGCCCCCUAGUACAAAUACCGAGAAGGAGUUGCAGCAUAAGUGGAACGAAGUCUUGAAUAUUCCCAUGGAGCAGAUUCGAGCAGAUGAUCAUUUUUUUCAAGUUGGCGGUGAUUCUAUCUCCGCUAUGAGACUUGCUGCAAUCACUUCUCAAGAUCUUAGGGUCUCUGUAGCGGACAUAUUUAGCUAUCCACUCCUGUCUAGCUUGGCAGCUAUCAUAGACACUAGGCAAUACUGCCAAAUUUCGCGCAGCACGAAGCUAGAAGCAUUUGAGCUUUUGGCCAAAGCAGGAGAUAUAUCUCCAAUACUAACUAAUAUCGCAAAUGAGUGUGGGAUUCCAUUAGAUUUAAUUGAGGAUGCGUAUCCUCCCACGCCCCUCCAAGAGGGAAUGAUGACCCACUCUACUCUCAACUCUAAAGCAUAUAUCCUAAGGCGAGUCCUCCGCCUCAAUGCAUCCACUGAUAUAGCUCGAUUCCGAAUGGCCUGGGAGACUGUAUCUGAAAAUAAUCCCAUCCUUCGUACAAGGCUUGUUCAAACUACCGAUGCCGGGUUGAUACAGGUGGUGAUCAAAGGGGUUAUUGAAUGGAGGACUGCGGAGAGUCUACAGCAGUACCUUGAAUCAGAUACGGAUGAAAUAGUCGCUUAUGGUGCACCAUUGAUACGGUACGGAAUUACCGGGGAUGGCCACUUCGUUUGGACAGUGCACCAUUCAUUAUACGACGGCUGGUCCCUUCCCUUAGUCCUUGAUCAGGUCCGAUCUACCUAUGAAAAUGGCCUCUGCCCAGAUACCCCGGGUUUCAGUGUGUUCAUCAAGUAUCUCCAAGAUGCUGACGCUGAGUCCACAAAGAUGUUUUGGGAAAACCAAUUCGGUGGCCAGCGUCCAGUAACAUUCCCCGCCCUUGCAUCUCCAUCCUAUCGCCCAGCUGUCCAACACGCCGUGCAACACAGGUUUUCAUUUCCCGCUCUAGUUAAUUCGGAGUUCCUUAAAAGCACUAUCCUCCGCGCAGCGUGGGCGUUGGUUCUUUCUCGGUACACCGAUUCCCAGGAUGUUGUUUUUGGAAUGACCCUCGCUGGGCGCAACAGUCAAGUUAUAGGAAUCGAAAAGAUGGUGGGCCCGACCAUUACAACAGUACCUAUACGAAUCGUACUACCACCAACCAAAACUAUUAGUGAUUUUCUUAUCCAGGUCCAACAGCAGGCUUCGGAAAUGAUACCCUAUGAACAUUUUGGAUUACAAAAUAUUUCUAUGUUGAGCCCAGAGUGUGCUCGAGCCAUUGAAUUCCAAAAUUUGUUUGUGAUACAACCCGUCUUCGAUAAAACAGCCAGUAGCAUGCUCGCAUGUUGUGAAGAGGUUGAGUUACCACUGAAAAACUUUGAUAGUUACCCCCUGGUAGUGGAAUGCUAUGUUACAGAUGAUACAGUUCAAGUUGAGGCAAGAUACGAUAACUGUGUGUUGUCCAACUGGCAGGUUGAGAAUAUGAUGCAUCAUCUCAGCUACAUCUCGGAAAGUCUCUCAAAAAUUGAGUAUCGUCACCUUCGAAUAUCGGACAUAGAUAUGUUUGGCCAAAGAGACAAAGAGCAAGUGCUUCGAUGGAACAAUGCUUAUCCUGAAAGCGUUGAGUCGACUGUUCCUCUGCUGUUCGCGCAGCAGGUUGAAGAGCGGCCGUCAGCCUUAGCAAUCGAUGCAUGGGAUGGACAACUUACAUAUACCGAGCUUGAUCACCUUUCAAGCAUCCUCGCGCGGCACCUUGCAUACCUAGGAGUGGCACCAGAAUUGUUAGUCCCCCUGUGCUUUGAUAAAUCUUGCUGGGCUGUCGUGGCACAGAUGUCUGUCAUGAAGGCCGGUGGAGCUUGUGUGAAUCUUGACCCUUUGCACCCGCAGGCUCGCCUGGAAACAAUUGUGAAGGACUCUCGGGCGAGUGUCAUUCUUUGUGCGCCUCAGUAUUCCGAGAUUUUGGGACCAUCUACUCCCCAGAAUGAAGUCGUGGUAACAGAAGAGCUCAUACGCAGGCUGGGGAACUCUCCUGAGACUGACAUGAACAUAUCCCACCCAAACCCUGGAAACGCAGCGUACGUGCUCUUUACUUCUGGAAGUACAGGUAAACCCAAAGGAAUCGUCAUUGAGCACCGCUCGCUGUGUUCCAGCUCUAAAGCCCACGGCACAUGCUGGGGUAUCGGUCCCGACACUCGUCUACUGCAGUUUGCCGCAUAUACAUUCGACGUAAGCUGUGCAGACAUAUUCACCACUCUACAGCGCGGUGGCUGUAUUUGUAUCCCUUCCGAGCACGAACGUUUGAAUGCGCUUCCUGAUGCCAUCAACCGGUUCUGUUGCAAUUGGGCAUUUUUGACACCCACAGUAGCGAGCCUGCUUCCCUCCAACAACAUCCCGUCCUUAAAGAAACUAGUCCUUGGGGGUGAGGCAUCAACAUGGGAAACAAUCAAGAAAUGGCACAAUGUUCUCGAGUUAAUCAUCUGCUAUGGCCCUGCGGAGUGUUCCGUAUACUGCUCUGGAGCACGUCCUGCCACCGCUACGAGCGACCCAGCCAACCUGGGGGGCGCUAUUGGGGCGACGUACUGGCUUGCAGAUCCGAAUGAUUAUAACCGGCUCACACCCCUCGGUUGCGUGGGCGAGCUCUUGCUUGAAGGUCCCACCGUCGCCAGGGAGUAUCUCCACGACAUCGAAAAGACAAAACACGCGUUUGUGAAUGACCCUUCUUGGGCUUCACCCUUCACCUUAGAUACCCCUCGGCGCUUUUAUCGAACUGGAGAUCUUGUUCGUUACAACAGUGAUGGAACCAUUCGCUUUGUUGGUCGAAAAGAUACUCAAGUCAAAGUCCGUGGGCAGCGCGUGGAAUUAGGAGAGAUAGAGCAUGCAAUUCGUAUGUCUAUGAAUACUAUCACCCACGCCACCGUCGAUAUUAUCCUUGAUAUUUCAACAGGUCGGCAAUUAGUAGCUGCUUUCUUGCACUUCAGCAAUUUCGGCGGCAGUGCUGAGGUCAUGGAAAUGACAGAGACUCUCCGCCAGCAAUUUCUGGAUCUCCAAAAAACCCUCAGGGAAACCCUCCCAUCCUACAUGAUCCCGUCACUUUACCUACCGCUAACACGGAUACCCCUCACAGCGAACGGAAAGGUGGACCGGCGACAGCUACGUGAUCUUGUAGGCAGUCUGCCCUCAGCUGAUGUUACCAGCUACUCCCUUGCAUUGGAUGACAUCAAAAUACAGCCUACUACAGAAAAAGAAUUCCAGAUUCGCGAUCUUUGGGCGAGAGCUUUGCACGUAGAAGCUGACACGAUAGGCACCAGAGAUCAUUUCCUCCAUUCAGGCGGAGACUCAAUCGUUGCAAUGAGAUUAACAAGCCUUGCCCGAGCCGAGGGAUUAUCGUUGUCAGUCCAACAAAUUUUCAAGACGCCCAUUCUCUCUGACAUGGCUUCUCUAGCCCUAGCGGAAUCACCACAGGCCAACGGCUAUCCUGAUAGCUCGAUGAAUACACAGUUUUCUCUAUGUCCUGAGUUACCUGCUGAGGAUUUAAUAUCCAAGGUUGCUCAUGACGUUGGAACUACGCCCGAUAAUAUUGUAGAUGUUCUACCAGCGACUGACUUCCAGUCAUCCGCAAUUGCACACUCUAUGCUCAAGACGCGAGGGCUUCUCAAUUAUAUUUUCCUCGAGGGGAAGGGGGAGUUUCCGUGGGAUCAAAGCUUUAUCCAGGCGAGAUGGUCGAACUUCAUCCGCACCCACCAGAUUUUACGAACCGUUUUUACUUCGCACAAAAAUCGAUUCUAUCAGGUUAUUCUGAAACAGGUCUCGCAGAGCAUUGCAUGGUAUAAAACCGACAUCGACAUCAACUCCUUCUGCGCCGAAAUAUACAAGAAAGACGUGGAAUCCGACCGUAGGCUUAGUGAUCCACUGACAAAAUUGAUGAUGGUCGGAAACAAUGAACAGCACCGACUUGUUAUCCGUAUAUCCCAUGCCCAAUAUGAUGGAAUAUGUCUACCCAUGAUUUGGCAAAGUUUACAAAACUCAUUUUCAAGCCAAGUUUCUAUCCGUGAGGUCCCCUUUACGAACUACAUAUCGACUAUUGCUUCACAACGUAGUAUCACAAACUCCCGGACAUACUGGAAGAAUCUGUUAGCAGAUUCUACAAUGACAGCUGUGGUAAUGGAGUCCAGGCCGCAUUAUCAGAAUAUCAACGACUUACACAUAAGGCGAUCUAUCUCCAUCCUGCCACAAGGCAUAUUAUCAAGCCAAGGGAUUACUUUUGCAACCGUCCUCAAGGCUGCAUGGGCAAUUGUUCUCGCCUCUUUGUCAGGAAAAACAGACAUAAUUUUUGGCCACGUAACCUCCGGCCGCAAUGUUCCAGGAAACGAUAUUGAACGAGCCAUCGGCCCCUGCAUCAAUAUUAUCCCUGUCAGAGCUCAAAUUGACCCUACGACUACUGCCAAUAAUCUUCUACGGCAACUACAGUCUCAGCACCUUGCUAGUAUAGCUCAUGAGUCGACCGGGAUGCGAGAUAUUGUCCGUUAUUGCAGCCCAUGGAAACCUUACACUCGCUUUAGCACCAUAGUACAGCACCAAAAUAUUGAUCAAGCAUCUGUAGUUACGUUGGGUGGCAAGCCAUAUACGGUUGGUGAUUUCUGUCCUCCAGCAGACGAGGCAGACAUCGCUAUCAAGACAACUCCCCUAAAUGGAAAUCAGCUUGAGGUUCUUCUUAUUUCCUCAUCACAGUUACUCGGGGAGGCCACUGCGAAUAAUUUCUCUUCCCUUCUUUGCGAUACCAUUCAGAAGAUUUAUCACCCAGACCGCCGAUAUACCCUUCUUGCUGAUUGGAUAGGCCAUGGACAAUGUGAUGUAUUGCUACCGAUAUCCCGCGCAGAUGCAAACUCUCAUGCGAUUGCACGCGAUCCUCUCAAGUUGGGGACUGAAAAGUUGUUACUAGCUAUGCAAAAGGAUUGGAGGGAUGCUCUUGGCCAACCAGGCUUACUGAUAAACUGGGACUCAGACUUUUUCGCUGUCGGUGGCGAUUUGGUGUCCAUUGUAUUACUCACUACAAUGUGGAUUCGGCAAGGGUAUAGGGUUGUUACAGAACAGUUACUAUUCGAUUCGCAAGCUGCGGGAAUGGCGCAAGUAUUACUACAGUCAAGAGACUACUAG